AUGGACAGAGAAUGGACUCUGACUCUGCUCCUGCAGCUGCUGCUCUGCCACACAGGCAGCACAGACCUGCAGACCUCUUGUCCGUACAGAUGCCAGUGCUUCACUCCGGGCCAAGUGCUGUGUGCAGACGAACGGAUGACAUCUUUACCCAACAAUAUAUCCCGGCAGGUCAAGGACUUGAUCAUAAUGACAUCGGCUGUGGCGUACCUGUUCCCUAACACGUUAGAGGAGAGCCCUCAGCUCAACAAGCUCAUCUUCAUAAAUAAUGCAAUUCGAAGCAUUAACGCUCAGGCGUUUGAGCAUCUGACUGAGCUGCAGGAGCUGGACAUCAGCGGGAACCCCUGGCUGGAGCAUUUGUUUCUGGGGACCUUUUCAAAGCAGGAGAACUUGACUAAGCUGCAGCUGAACUUCAACAGAUUCAAGACGGUGCUCCCCGGUAUGUUUGACUCCUUGAAGCAGUUGGAGACUCUGCAAAUGAAGAGCAACAUCAUAUUAGGUCUGCCUCCAUUUCUUUUCCUGAACCUUCGCAAGCUGCGUUUUCUGGAUUUAUCCCAAAAUAAGCUCAGUGAAGCGAACAGGGAGACCCUUUCUGGUCUCGUGAGUCUGGAGAUCCUGAAGCUGAACCACAACCUCAUCAGCAAUCUCACAGCCGACACGUUCCACGGUGUUCCUGAGCUGACAGAGCUUCACCUGGAGUGGAACAAGAUAUCUGAACUUGGUGACGGCGUCUUCUCUGCGUUAACCAAACUAAGAGUGCUGAACCUCCGAGGGAACCUUCUCACAACCUUCAGCGAUCAAGCGUUUGGAUUCAGUAACUCGACUUUAACGGAGCUCAACCUAAAAGGCAACAGACUGAUUGAGCUGUCCUCUCUAAGCAGUCUGACUUCACUUACUGACCUCAUCUUGUCCUCUAAUCUGCUCUCCAGCCUUCCUGAAGACCUUUUCAGAAACCUUACCACCCUGGAGAACCUGGAUCUGUCCGAAAACCAGCUCACGUUACUGCCCGAAACCGUCUUUAAUGAACUGUUUAGCAUCAAAGCGAUCCACCUCAACAAGAACAACCUGAGCAGGUUGGACGCCAAACUGUUUGAGGACCAGAUGCUCAUUCAGCAGCUCUACCUGUCCGAUAACCGGCUGGAAACUCUCCCGCUGGGCCUCUUAGACCCGUUUGUCAUCCAGCACACCGUGAGGCUGCACGGAAACCCCUGGAGAUGCGACUGCCACAUGUGGUACCUGCACGACUGGGUGCUGAGGAACAGUCGAGACAUAGAGAUGCUGGACAGGAUGCUGUGCGAGGGACCCAACUUUUUAAAAAAACAGACCGUCGUCUCCAUCGACAGGGACCAGCUGGUUUGUCAGGUCUCUAAGGAUGAGCUGCCUGAUGUCAGCGCCUGCAGCCUCCAAGCCUCUAACGGCACCAUGGUCAUCAAGUGUAAAGUGGAUAAAUGUUCUCCGCUGACAGUCAAAGUGCAGUUUCAGGAGGAUGACGGCGGCAUCGAGGAGCACGUUUGGAAAAAGACGCCUGAACAUUCUCAGUGCAGCAAUGACACAACGAUUGGAGGUCCCAUUGAGUAGGGUUCCCACUUUUAAAGACUUUGUUCUGUGUGCAAAUUCCUAUCAUGAGUUCUGACUGUCAGAGUCAAUACUGUCAACAAACCUGAUAACCAGGAAACACAAGGGGUGGAUGAACCUUUACUUCACAGGCUCAAAGUUCAGAUCACUACUGUUUAAGAUCCUGUCACCGCUAAAAGGAGCAACAUGCAGGAUGUUAAUCGUCUGUUGUGUUCUGACUCUUAUGUCAGUAGAUGUCUCUGCUUCUCUGGAUGUGAACAGGCAGCACUCGACUCUUGUCAGACAGACGUAGAGUCAUAAUUCUGAUAAAUAUUCAGGGCAACAAACUUCUUAAUGCUCAAAUAUGUUCCAAAUUUUGCCCUCAAUAUAUUGAUAUAACAAGAUUGCUGUGAUAUGACAGCUAAUGUCCAACGCAGAGCAAAACUGGCAUUACCAAAUGUAAUAAUAAUUAAAUUAUCAGUCAAUGUUACGACUUGUCCUACUGUUAUGGUGUACUGUGGUUCUCUGUGCAGUUUGUCCAACCCGUGUUGCCGUACCACUGAUUAAAAAGUGAAAACUAGAAUGUAA